UCCAUUGUGGUGAAAAAAAUUGCACGGGAGUUACGUUUGGAAACGCAUGAAAUUUCAGUUCAUGUCCAAAAGAGCAUUUGCCAAAGCUGUUAUCCGCUUUUCUUUUACCAUUGGUUUAAUUUGAUCAUACCGAGAAAGUGAGAAAGUAAGGUAAACCCUCUGUGAUGUCAUCCUCUACGCUGGCACGGUCCUCAGUGACCCCAAAAACAAUAGCCUCAGGGAAGGUUUCAAAGGUUCGAAGCACAUCACUGAAAUCAAGUCUACCGUCUCCAGUCCACUCCUCAAAGUCUGGCGCCAGGACGAAAUCUGUUGUUUCAGUGCAGGUAGAUAAUGAAGCCAACAGAAACCCUUUCAAAGUUCCUCCAGAUCAGGAUAUCUUCCUCUUGAGGAACAUGGAAAGAGAGCGCAAGAAGCUUGAGCGCGAGCAGGAGAAGAAUCUAAAAAUCCACGAGAAAACAACCUAUGCUGGCCGUGUGAAUGCAAAGCGGACAAAGAUAAGAGAGCUGAUGAAGGAGGGGAAAGAGGAGGGUGCGAAUGGUGGAAGUGAUGAUGAACACGCUUCAUGGAAACUGUCUAUGACUAAGGGUUGCCAUAUAGAAAAAGAAAGCAUCAGUGAAUUUAUAUCCAGGAAAAGACAGAUGUUUUUACUGCAGUACUCCCUGGCAGUGAAGCGAGAUGAGAUGUGCAAGCUGGAUGAGAUGGCGAUCACAGAAGAGCGUAAGCUGGAGAAGGCUGAGCAGUAUCUGGAGGAAGAUGCCACCAUGUUUGACGCCUUCCUGAAGGAGAACGACAAGAACUCUGUUGAAGCCAUAAAAAUCGCUGAACUAGAAACAAAAGUGAAACUGGAGAAGGUGGCUGAAAUAAAAAGAAUAUCCACAAAACUGAUGGCAUUAAAAAGUGAGAUUUCCAAGUUUGAGGAGAUCCUGAAGGAGUACAUGACGUAUAAGGAUUUCCUCAUGAAGCUUUCACCCAAAGACUGGCGAGAAGAGUAUGAGAAGCAAAAGGAGGCCAAGAAAGCUGAAAAGUCACAAGUGUCACCAACAAAAACCGAUUGCAGGCCUUCCAGCAGGAGUUUAGAGCCGUCUCAGAUGGAAGAUAUGCAAGAGAGCUCCUCGGAUUGUGACGAGGAGCCAGCGUUGUACUUCACGGAUCCCCAGCAGUUACUGGAUAUCCUGAUCGAGCUGGAGGAACAGAACCUCUCCCUGAUCCAGAACUCCCAGGAGACAGAAGAGACACUGGAGGAGUUCAAGCAGACCAUGGCCAUCACAAAGCAAAAGAUGGACCAUGAAACAGAUACUCUGAAACAGCAGGUGGAUAUGCUGCAGUAUACCAUCAACAGGGAGAAGGAAAGGGCAGCAGAGCUGGAGCUCAAGGCCCGAGUGUUCUCCUUUGGACAGUUCAAGACAGAAGAUCAGGACGAGAUGAUAAACUCAAUAAGUAAGAAGGUGGAGGAGGUGUACCGGGCCUGCAUCGGCCAGAACAAUGCCAACCUGAGCACCUUGUUGAUGCUCACUGCCAUCGAGAACCGCCUGGAGGAGCUCUUCGAGAACAUCGAGAUGGUCCCCCGGGAAAAAGUGCAGGUGGCUGAGAGGGCCAAGGAGAAGGAGCGCCGCAUCAGGAAUAGGGAAGAGAAAAUGAAACUGCAGAAGCAGCAUCAAGAGGAGAGACUGCGUAAAGCACUGCAGAGAUCCCAGGCUGACAUCAAGAAAACAACGGGUAAAAAGCUGGUAUACCGUUCACAACCCCCUGUCAUCAAACAGAAGGAAGAUAAGAACCAGGAAAUCACCAACAAGGAGAAAGAGGAACAGAUUUACUUCUUCACCUAAAAAGGUUUUGACAGUUGAAUCACGCAGAAGAUGAAGUGCAUUAUUUCAGUAUUUCUUUGUUUCACAUGUAGAUGUUCAAUCAUGUCCUAGGGAAAAAAAAAAAAUUCUAACAAUCUUAUGUAAUCUAGAAGACAAAAAUGAAUCAACUUAAUCACGUCAUUGUAUGGGAAAUUGCAAAUAAAGAUGAUCAAGUUUACUUUCAUUAACUGGUAACUUGUUUGCAAAACUUUGUUCAGUGCUGUACAUUUUUUUUCAACCAGUUAUGAGUUUUUGUGGAGGGAUGCAUGAUGCCAAUACGAAAUAGCCAGAUGUAUUCAUUUUAAUUCUACAGGAUGGUUUCCUAUCCACUUGCAAUAAACUAACCCUAUCCUGGUUUUUCCGGUUCUUCCAGAUUGCAAACUCUAAACACCAGUGGGCUUUUGUAAAGUAUAAAAGACUUUGAAAGUGUUUCAAUUAAAUUAAUUCCCACCUGCAGUACUGCUGCAUUUGCAAUUGUUUUUGAAGACCUCACUGUGUGCUAAAAUA